CACGCUGGGCAUCGGAGUUCUGCCCUCUGACGUCAUUUACCCGCGACGUCGCUUCCACGCUAUCCGGUGUCUGUAAAGUUUACGUUGGAGAGAUUCCCCAGCUAUGAGCUGCAAGCGGGCGCAGAAUGAGAGCGGAGACACGGACAAGAAGAAGAAGAAGAGGAGCAGCGUGGAGACCGUGGAUCUCUGUGGAGCCGUGGAGGAGGAGGAGGUGAAGCGAGCGGUGAAGGAGGCGUGGAGCAACAGGACCCACUACAGCAAAGGAGAUCUGGAGUUGGACUGCCACCCUUUCCCUCACUGCAUAAUCAAGAACUUCCUGAGCAGCCAAACCUUUGUAGAAAACCUGCAGAGAGAGCUGCUGGAGCUCAACUUCAACGAGAAAUCAAACGACCUGUACAAGUUUAAACAGUCAGAUGAUCUGAAGAAGAAAAAAGAACCACACAUUGCAGCAGUAAGGGCGGCUCUGUUUGGGCGUUUCCGCUCCUGGCUCGGGGACGUGUUGGGGGUCGAGCUGGAGCCCACCGUGGAUAUUUCUUGUGCUAAAUAUGAGCAUACAGAUGUUCUUUUGUGCCAUGAUGACGAGUUGGAGGGAAGGCGCGUGGCUUUCAUUUUGUAUCUUGUACCUCCAUGGCAGAGCAGCGACGGGGGCAGCCUUGAUCUCUACUCCACAGACAGUAAUUUCCAGCCGGAGAGUGUCGUGAAGUCACUCGUACCGUGUUGGAACGCCCUCGUCCUGUUCGAAGUGUCUCCAGUAUCUUUUCACCAGGUUUCUGAAGUUUUAUCACAGGACAAGUGCCGUCUGUCUCUGAGCGGCUGGUUUCAUGGACCCUCUCUGGAGCGUCCUCCUCGUUUUAAAGAGCCGUCCAUCCUCAAGCAUCCACACUUGCCAAGAGAUGAGACUGUGCUGCUUGAGUGGGUCAAUCCUUUGUACCUGGAUAUUUCCUACCAAGAGCAGAUCCAAAACGAGUUUGAAGACAACUCUGAAAUUCAGCUCAAAGAUUUUCUAAAGGAGGAGAAGUUCAGGGAAGUGAGUGAAGCUCUGCGACAGACCGGCAUUCAGUGGAUGAAGAGAGGUCCACCCAAUAAAAGGUGUUAUGAAUCAGCCUCUGUCGACUCCCUGCCGGAGUGUGUGAGUGUGUGCUGGGAGCUGCUCCGCUCAGAGGCCUUCUUCCUCCUCCUCUCCAACUUCACCGGCCUCCGGCUGCACUACCUGUGUCCGGCAGAUGAGGAGGACGAAGACAGAGAGACGAAGGACGACAAAGAGGAGGGGGAGGUUGCAGGAACGUCAGCAGAAUCGUCGUCAUCAUCAAAGGCAGGCGCUGACAAUGGAGGGAAAAAGCUCAGCUCGCCUGUGUGUUGUGGAGAAGUGCGUCGUUGGUCUCAUGGUGGUUACACUCUGUUGCAUGAUGCUGAGGCUGCACAGGCGGAGUACGCUCUGGACCUCAUCCUGCCGUUUGGCUGUGCAGACUGGGAGGCAGAGUUUGGGGGUUUCACGUGUUAUGUUGCCAACGAAGAAGAUGAGGAGCUUCUCACUGUGUAUCCAGAGGACAACUCUCUCGCUCUCGUCUACAGGGACAAAGAAACCCUCAAAUUUGUCAAGCACGUCAACCACAAAAGCUCCCAGGUGGACAGUUCCACCUGCAGAGAGUUUUAUGACUUCUCUUUUGUCUACUAUGAAUAAACAUAUUUUUGUCACUGUG